AUGGCGGGAACAGAGGAGGUCGUCUUUGGGAAGGUUGGAGGAAGCAUCCUCCUUUUAUGCCGAAAUGUCUCCAAAGAAGCAACUGAGGUGGUCUGGUUUCAAGGGGAUCCACACUCUGUCCCUCCACUCUUCUCCUCAAAAGUCGCCUUUCCCCCGGACGUCCGUUUCUCCCUGGUGGACAACAGCUCCCUGCGCAUCACAGAGCUGCGUGUGCAGGACGAAGGCAACUACACUUGCAAGGAAGUGCUGAACAAGACGGACCAUGAGCACAGGGUCCAGCUCCUGGUAGCCAAUCCACCGCACUCAACCCCAAAGUGCUGGGCUGAGACCUCCUCGUCGGGACUGAUGCUGCAGCUGUUUUGCAGCUGGCCUGGGGGGUACCCCCACCCCACCCUGCACUGGAGAGAAGAGGGGCAUGAUCUGGAGAACUCAAGCUGGGUCAUCAGCUCCAUGAGCUCCUCGGACACCCAUGUGGAGACGCUGAACAGCUCCCACCUCUCCCACCGCAAAGUGUUCAAGUGUGUUGGGAGCCACGUCGUCGAGCAGGAGGAGCCUGCGUGCACUGUGGAGAUAAAAAUCCCUUCACUGGAAUCUGAGCCCCCGAAGACCUGCUUUGUGGGUGACAAUGUGACCCUGACAUGCCGUGUGACUGAGGGCACCCCUGCGGCGAGGCUCACCUGGCUGCGGGACAUCACCCAGCCGGAGGUGGAGAUCCAACCCGGAGAGAGAUACCUCAUCGCCCAGGAGGGCAACGUGUCCCGGCUCACCAUCCGGAACUGCUCCCAGGGCACCGACGGGGGCUGUUACGUCUGCAAGGCACAGAACCCCGUGGGGCUGAGGGAGUUGUUCGUCUGCCUGACGGUGAAGCAGCCAGUGAACAUUGUCGGGGUUGUGGGUGCAGUGGUGGUCCUGUCCCUGCUGGCUAUUCUCACCAUCACCGGGGUCGUCUUGUACUACAACCCCCUCCUGUGCCUGAGAGGUGCCGCAUUCAGCUGUGGUGCUGCGGCAUGGGAGGAUUCUUUUCUGAGGGCCUCCAUUUCCCCAUCUGUAUGGGAGGGGAGAAUAACUCCACUCGUGAGGGGCUCGUGCCAUUUAGUACAUGAAUAUAUGUGAAAUGGUUGGAGGACUGUGGAAGAAUGAACGGGAAGCAGUGCAGAAUGCUGGUGGUGGUGUUGCUGCCAGCAGGAUCCGAAACCAGCUGUUCUCUGAACAUGG